UUCACAUAAUGAAGCAACGUGAGGAGAGAACAAGGGGGGGGGUAUUAGAUAACAAUAGUCUAGAGUGUGUAUAGCGAUUGGACAUGUUGGGGGUACCCCUCGGUCUCAUUUCUUGCUGGAUAUAGAAAUUCAUGCUGACAUAGACGUAGCCUUAGUUGUACAUGUGUACACGGGAAAAACGAAACUGGCUGCGCCAGCAAUAAAUUACAGUGUUCGUAAUCCGCCGCGGGUAAACGUACACGCAUACGUAUAAAUGUACAUUAAUAGGUCACGUCUAUGGCGGAGUAUAUGUACAUGUACGCAGGGCCCUGAUUACGGGUCGUUGUAGGCCGUACUAUUGCUGUACAUGUGAAGUACAUGUAUCCAACAUAGGGCCUCAUCAUGGAUGAUGACGAUAAACUCAUUGAACUGGAUAAAUACCGGGGAGCUCAUGAAAACAGCACUGAGAAUGCGUCAGCAUCCACGCCUUCCACUUCCCAAGUCGUCGUCGACACAGAGGGGAAUGGGUCCAUCUCUCUGGAAGUGCCUCAGAUUGACCACAGUGACAUCAAGAAGCGAACGAGCAGCACUGUGGAUCCAGACAAAGUGGACAUUGCCAAGCCCAUACGAAUCUUGAAGAGGCCUCGUGAGAUCAAACUCAAGAUCACUGUUGUCUUGCUUUUCUGCCUCAUCAUUGCAUCCACCACUUGCAUCCUGGUUUUCUACGUGGAAGAGCCGUUGCAUUACAAAGUCGGAGAUGCCGUCUUCUAUGCAGUCUCCCGGGAGUUUGACGUGCACUUUAAUGGGGCCAACAUCACCAGGGGCCUCAUUGGAAGGAAUCUGCCAGACAUGUUGCCAUCAUCUUGUGACCCUUUUGACUCAAGGAACUUAUGUUUGGAAUACACAGACAUUGCAAAACUGUUGAUUCACUGGGAGCAACUGUCGGGGGUGGACUGCUACAACUUGACCUGGGAGGCAUUUUCUCACGACCUGGUCCAUCGAGACUGCUACAGCUUUGAAAAUAUCCACUGGUAUGGAGGGAGUGUGUCAGCCAAUCAGCAGUGGCCAUUGGAGAAGAUGAACCUAUCACGUGCGCCAUUUGUGUCAGGCCACAAAGCCAGCAGUUUUGGACCAGUUGUGGAGCGUUUCUGGAUUGCCUCACAUGGGGUUGGGAUAAUGGUUAAUGAUGAGUCACCACUGUUUGUCAGCAUCAAUGAAGAUGGUCAGAAAUUGUGUUUUGAAAGCACAUAUCACGACUCACCCUUUCCUAACCCCAACGAGGAGCUUCCCAAACUUCAGUACACCUUGUGUGCUGCUGUUGACAUGCCAUCAGUCCACCAAAAGAUGACCAACAAGUUCAGUAAGAAGCCUCACGCUUUGCCCCACCAGGCUUUGUCAAAGAGCCCCAUGUGGUCUGUGCCUGCAUGCUACAGGGAGAAUGCUUUUAACGAGACAAUGCUUCUAGAGUUUGCUACUGCUAUUUACAACAGCAGUUUGGGGGCAAAGUCUUUAGAGAUCCCUUGUGAUUAUAUGACCAGCGAAGGUGAUCUAGCAUUCGAUGCAAUGAGAUUCCCUAGUAUAGCAACUACUCUGGCACAGAUCCAGGAGUUUGGCUUGGACGUAGGUGCUAGAGUUACACUGUUCAUGAGCACCAACUCCGAGGCCUUUCUAGAAGGUCUCCAGCAUCAAUAUUUAGUUGAGGACCCCAGAUCACAAGUCCCUGGACUCACUAAAUGGAAAGAGGGCGUGGCGGGACUUCUAGAUGUCACCAGCACUAAUGCCACCGCUUGGUUCCGGAGUCGACUGAAGAGUCUUCAGAGUAUGUCUGGGGUUGGUUUCUUUACAUUUGACUACGGUCAAGUGAGCUACCUUCCAGUUGAAUUCCAAACGGUGGAAGAUCUUCGGAACCCGUGUACUUUCACAGAGCGAUACGUUGAACUUGCAAAUGAGACUAACAGCCCUGUCAUCGUGCGUUCUGCUUUCCAGUCCCAAGACAUUCCGGUCAUAAUGCAAACCAUUCCAAAGACGUCAGUAUGGGGUUAUGAAAAUGGGUUGAAAUCUGUCAUUCCAACAGCAUUAACACUGAGCAUUCUCGGGUAUCCAUUCAUUAUGCCGGAUCUUGAGGUAAGGGGGCUGCAUUAUGACCCAUCGUGUUCCAGAGAGUGUCUCCCUAGUAAAGAGUUCCUACUCCGAUGGCUUGGCAUUAUUUCGUUCCUCCCUGCCAUGAAAAUUAAUAUCCCCAUCUGGGAGUAUGACCAGGAGACUGUCAGCACCACAGACAAGUUCAUUAAGUUCCACCAGGAGACCAUCGCUCCUUUGGUGCUUCAGGUUGCCAUGGAAGCUGGCAACACAACAGCUGCAGUUAUUCGGCCGCUGUGGUGGAUAGCAUCCACGGACCCUGUUGCCCAAAGCAUAGACUCAGAGUUCUUGAUAGGUAACGACAUGCUAGUAGCACCUGUGUUAGACCCUGGUCUCCUGAAGCGGCAGGUCUAUUUGCCAGAAGGCAAGUGGGCAGAUCAGCUUCAUGGGACAACGCUUGACGGUGGUGCAUGGGUAGAGGUUGAUGCCUUACUAGAUCAGGUGCCCUAUUUUACCAGGACGACUUUCAGUAUGUUAAGCAAACGGAGGAUUAUAAUCGCCGUCGUAACGGUGGUGUUGCUGUGCGCUGUGGCAGCUGGCGUCAUUUGUGCUGUUGUAUUCACCGUUGGCCGAGAAGACCCACCCGCAACAACUUCUCCCAUCUCCCCGCCUGCCAUACGGACUGUAGUCGACGUGGAGGCAGCGACCGGGAAAGUUGCCAUCAAAAAUCUAAAAGGAAACACUGUGUUGAGUGGCACUCUUGCGGCGAGCUCUCCUACCAACGUGAACGGUCUUGAAUGCUUCGCCGAAGGGAAUAGGCUCUGUUAUGUCUGGAAAGACACAGCAGAGGUCAACAUCGAAUUAGUUGCCUCCGAAGAAAGGGAGGACUCCCCGUUCACUUGUGCGCACAUUGUAUGGGAGUCGAUGGUUGCUGGAGUACCACUGCGGGACUGCUAUUCUCUGAAUGGGGCUCACUGGUACGGGAGCGCCGAGAUGUUCUACCAGCUGUGGCCGAUCGAAAAAUGGAACGAAACCACCACCAUGUAUGUGUCUGGGGACAUGUACGCAAAUUGGCAGGAUUACGGAUCAGUUCUGGACAGGUAUUGGUUGUCAUCUCGAGGUGUUGCCAUUCGGGCCAGUCAUGACACUCCUUUGCACGUUAGCCUGAAUAACGAUGACGACAGCAUGGUGUGCUUUCAGAGCACCUAUGCAAACUCCUACUACCCUAACCCCGAAAAUAACUUGCAACGGCUGGACUACACAGUCUGUACGCAUGACGACGUACGCCAGGUGCACGAUGCGGUUUGGCGCGAAAUGGGCCCAAGUGGUGGGAAACCUGAAGGUUUACCAGAUGAAAGAAUGAUCAAGUCUCCUAUCUGGUCAACGUGGGCGAGAUACAAAAUCUUCAUCAAUGACAGUGUGGUGAAUGCAUACGCAGAUGAGAUCACGUCAAAUGGGUUCAACAACAGUCAAAUAGAAAUAGACGAUGGGUACUCCUUUAAAUACGGAGAAUUUGAUUUCGAUCUGACUAAGUUUCCCAACAUGAGAGAUACAGUUCAAAAACUUCAUGACAAGGGGUUCCGCGUAACUCUCUGGGUGACCCCGUUUGCUAAUACUGACACCGACGCGUAUCAGGAAGGUAAAGAGAAAGGUUACUGGGUAACAAAAAGGGGGCAGGAUGAGGGCGUGGUCAAGUGGUGGAAUGGCUUGGCCGGGAUGCUCGAUGUCACCAACCCAGAAGCCGUGGAAUGGUUCGUUGGCAGACUAGAAAAACUUAAACAGGACACUGGGAUCGAUUCUUUCAAGUUUGAUGCUGGAGAAACUAACUACCUUGUCGAAGAUUUCCAGACAUACUCACCAUUAGUGAAUCCUUCUGAGUAUACAAAUCUGCACUCCAAGAUGGCCGCACGCCUCGGAAGUCAAAUCGAGGUCAGAGCGGCCUUUGAGAAUCAAAAUCUUCCUAUCUUUGUCAGGAUGAUGGACAAGGAUUCUCGCUGGGGCUGGGAUAACGGACUGAAGACCCUCAUAACCACGGCGCUAACAUUCAGCGUGCUGGGCUAUCCUUACAUCCUCCCGGACAUGAUUGGUGGCAAUUCCUACGAGACUGAAUUCCACGGACUUGAAGUGCCGCCGCGGGAGCUCUACAUACGCUGGCUGGAGAUUACUGCUUUCAUGCCGGCUAUGCAGUUUUCCAUUUCACCCUGGCAGUACGAUGACGAAGUGGUGAGAAUCUCCAGGAAGUGGGUGUCCUUUCAUGAGAACUUCAUCACGCCGAAAUUGCUAGAUAUCGCCCGGUCUGAGACCAUCGUGAAGCCCGGUCAGCCGCUGUUAAGACCCUUAUGGUGGAUCGCACCAACUGAUGAAGUCUCUCUCAAGAUAGACACCGAGUUUCUGGUUGGGGAUGACCUGCUGGUAGCUCCCAUCGUCAAUAACGCUACAUACUCCAGAGAUAUAUACCUCCCUCCAGCCGAUGGUCUUUGGAAAUACAUGCCACAAGGAAAUACUUUGGAAGGUGGGCAGUGGCUGAUCGAUGUGCCGGUUCCUCUUGAUGAGGCAGCUUACUUUAUCCUCGAAAAAUUCAGUUAACUGAAAUAUUGAUGCUAAAAUUAAUAUUUCAGAAUCCAUAUUUACGUGGCCUAUAUUCUUGGAUGCCCAUUACUUAACAUUAGUCCUGUGAAUUGCCCAAUUAAAUUAACACAAAAGUACAUGGAUGUCUCUGAAUGGUUUACAGUGAGCCUUAUCCUGACACUGAGGGUGCCUUUAUCUGCGGUAUAUUAUCUGUACACAAGUAAUAAUUCGGGAGCAAGUCCAAUCUAAGACCAUAGUUAAACAUAGUUCGACUAAUUCUCAUCAAAUGCACGCUAGUCGACGCUGGUAUACCAGCGUACCAAAGUUGGUCGUGUUGUUGGUUGCCAUAGCCAUUUUUAAUAACACAGUGUAGAAAGAAAAAGUGGCGGAAAACAGAACAUAUAAGUUCGUCACCAGUAAAGGAUAAUUUUCACUUUUAUUUGUUAUAGUUUGCCCUUCCUAUUGCCACCAUUUUCCCCACGGGCCUAAAGGACUGGCAACGGUUAACUACAGUCAUUUGCACUAAAACUGCGAAUGCGCUCGGUGCGUCACGAACCAACCACAAGUUAACAGCUGGUCCUAGAUUGAAUUUGUUCCAAUUAAUUUUCAGAAAUCGAUUAUGUCUGAUUGGUUAAAAAUAAGAUCGCACCGACAAAAUCAACAAAGAAGCACAUAGCACUGACCUCUGGCAGUAAGACUUCUUGCAACUAUGGAUGAUGAGGUUGCUCAGAAGCUGAAUUGUUCCUGAUCUUACGUCAAUGAUUUGCUUAUACAUAUAGAUACUUAUAGUAGCAUCAUCAAUAUAUUCCAAAAAUCCCUGGAAUUGUUGUUAGAAAGGACUUGCUCACUGCACGUUUCAGAGAUUCAGUUCAACAGAUUUAGUCGUGCACGCCCUUCAAAGUUGUUAUUUACUUUUCAGUUCCACCCCCCUUCGUUGUCAUUAAAACUUAAACCUUAUUUAUAUUGGUCAGUGAUGGCAAGCCAUUCUGAAGGAAAUCGAUGAAUAUCUCAAACGUACUGCAUACUGUGUAUAUAUUGAAUGGCAUUAAUUUUAAUCUUGAUUUUGAACAUUGCAACUAUAUCUCGUACAACACAGCAGAAACAUCAACACCAUCAUAGGUAUAGUGGUGCUGCAGUGAUAAUCACCUAAAAUUAAUGUAUAAGCCUUAACUAGAAAAUAAAAAGAUAUAAUUGCAAAUUCCAGCGUUAAUUGUUAAACGUGCAUUAAAGAUGAUUGACUGUGUUUCACGGUUAAUUGCAAAUGCUGUUUCUAUUUGUCAAUUUAUGUUUCCCCACUAACCUCAAACGUCUAGUCUCUAUAGAAUGUCCCGACUCUUAUAAAGUUGUAUUUAUUUCCCCCUUGUGUACUGUUAGCAAGGAGUUCAUAUAUAGCUGCACGAAACAUGACCUUUCUCAAUGAUCAUCGUAUGAUGUGCCAAAAAUAGUGGACUCUUUGUGAAGAUAUAAAACGUUCUUCAAGCUAGGUUCAUCACGAUGAACGUACAGCGAAGUAUUUUUGGUAGGUCACUAUUUGUUUUUCCUUUCACGAACUCGGCAGUGCAAAUUGACGCAGUAAAGCACUUAAGCACAUGAUCAAAGAAUAAGAGAAAAGGAUAAGAUAAUUAAACACAACUGUGAGAUACAUUGACAUGGGCAUAAAUUCUGGGUUUAUGGAUACGGCGCAUGCUUUAUCAGUACAAUCCUUGCCAAGUGACUAGCCGCGGAUGAGACCUUGUAGUUAUUUAGUCCCCUCCAUUUUUAAAUAUGGUUACAUGCAUAACCACGACUGGGAUAAAACAAAAAAAAAUAGGCUCUCACUUGUUCAACCGAGCAUUAUCAGAUUCGGGCUGCCUGCAAUCUGAAUAUGUCGUUUAGGGCUUGGUCAGUUUCUUCUCCCGUCGAAAAUACACAGGGCACACUGAAAACAGCCGCCGCAGCUCUGUAUGGAAGCCUGACGGUUUCGGGCAUGGCUUGAGAAUCGGUUCACGGUAUCUUCUCCGUCGGAUCACGCUCUGCUUUCGUACCAUGGUUCUACGCACUCUCAAAUCUUGAUAAAGAAAAAUGCCCCUGGUUUUACGAAUUGUCCAGAAAAUCCCCUGUCAAAAAGUGGAGUAAAGUAUUACAGAUAAAUCUUGAUCA